UAGAUGCCGCUUAAUUGCCUCGAAUGAUUCAUCAAAGCUGUGGACUUCCUGCCUGGAACAGUUCAGUUCAGGAAGAAGAAAUAAUGGCGACGCAUCUAGGGUCCGAAUUCCCUUGGACCGGAGGAAAACGAAGAAAUUGCAACGGCAACAUCGUGACAAAAAUCAACGCAGGUCGAAUUACAGGCCAUGGUUUGAGCCGAGGGACGCAGCUCCCAGGGAGUCUGCUCCAAGAGAGGGACAAAAGGGCUAAGUGGCAUGGCAUCCCCACUCUGCUGCAGAAGCUCUAUGAAAGCAGCCAUCCCAAUAGUGACCUCUCAAAUACUCACAGCUUACUGAAGGUGUUGUCAUCCCAGCUCUCCAUGGAGGCCAUGUCUUUUGUCACAGAGGACAGGAAGACAGCUCAGGAAUCUACCUUCCCCAACACAUACACCUUUGAUCUCUUUGGUGGAGUAGAUCUGCUUGUGGAGAUCUUGAUGAGACCCACUCUCACUAUGCAGAAGAAAAAACCCAAAAUGAAUGAUGACUUGGUCAAGGACUGCCUUAGUGUUCUCUACAACUGCUGUAUAUGUACGGAAGGAGUCACAAAGAGUCUGGCAGCAAGGGAGGACUUUGUACUUUUUCUCUUUACCCUGAUGACAAACAAGAAGACCUUCCUACAGACAGCAACCCUUAUUGAGGAUAUUUUGGGAGUCAAAAAGGAGAUGAUUCAGCUAGAGGGCAUCCCAAAUCUGUCAGGCCUGGUCCAGAGCUUUGACCAGCAGCAGCUGGCCAAUUUCUGUCGCAUCCUGUCAGUCACUAUUUCAGAGCCUGAUGUUGGGAAUGAUGACAAGCAUACCCUCCUGGCCAAAAAUGCCCAACAGAAACGCAAUGCCAGCCCCUCAAGGGCAGAGGUGAACCAGGUAACCCUGCUGAACAUCCCAGGCUUCAUUGAGCGACUAUGUAAACUGGCCACUAGAAAGGUGUCUGAGGCCACAGGGACAUCUAACUUUCUGCAAGAGCUGGAGGACUGGUACACAUGGUUGGACAGUGCUCUGGUGCUAGAUGCCCUUAUGCAGAUGGCUACUGAAGAGGCUGAACAAAGUAGCACUGAGUCAUCAGAUGAGAGUUCUCUAGCCACCAGUCCUCUCAGACACCGCCUGCCCCAGUCCAUGAAAAUUGUCCAUGAGAUCAUGUACAAAGUAGAGGUGCUCUAUGUGCUGUGUGUACUUCUCAUGGGUCGACAGAGGAAUCAGGUCCAUAAGAUGCUGGCUGAGUUCCGUCUUAUCCCUGGGCUAAAUAACCUGUUUGAUAAGCUGAUUUGGAGGAAGUACACAGCUUCCAAUCAUGUGGUGCAUGGCCAGAAUGAGAACUGCGACUGUAGUCCAGAAAUCUCUUUCAAAAUCCAGUUUCUGCGAUUACUCCAGAGUUUCAGUGACCACCAUGAAAACAAGUACUUGCUGUUGAAUUGCCAGGAGCUGAAUGAAUUGAGUGCCAUCUCCAUGAAGGCCAACAUCCCUGAGGUGGAUGCCCUGGUCAACACUGACAGGAGCCUGGUGUGCGAUGGCAAAAAAGGCCUCCUCACACGCCUCCUUACUGUCAUGAAGAGGGAACCUCCAGAUUCCUCAUUCAGAUUCUGGCAGGCAAGGGCUGUGGAAAGUUUCCUCAGAGGAGCCACCUCCUAUGCAGACCAGAUGUUCCUCCUAAAGAGAGGACUACUAGAGCCUCUUAUCUUUCUACAGCACAUCCUGUUCUGUAUUAUAGACAGUGGCUGUACAUCCCGAGAUGUUCUACAGAGCUACUUUGACCUGCUUGGAGAGCUCAUGAAGUUUAACAUAGAUGCCUUCAAGAGAUUCAACAAAUAUGUCAACACUGAGGAGAAGUUUCAGACCUUCAUGACACAGAUCAACAGUUCUCUGGUGGAUUCCAACAUGUUGGUGCGCUGCAUCGUCCUUUCCCUUGACCGCUUUGAGAAUCAAACUGAAGAUGUCAAAGUUAUGGAGGUGCUGUCAGAGUGCUGCCUGCUGUCUUAUAUGGCCAGAGUGGAAAACAGGCUAUCCUUCCUUUUUAGACUUGUCAACAUCAUCAACGUACAGACACUCACACAGGAGAAUGUGAGCUGUCUCAACACCAGCCUGGUAAUCCUGAUGCUGGCCAGAAGGAGGGCAAAGCUGCCCUUCUACCUCAGUGCCCUUCGAGAGAAAGAGUAUGCUGAGAAGUACCCCGGCUGCCUGCUCAACAAUUUCCACAACCUACUGCGCUUCUGGCAGCGCCACUACCUCAACAAGGACAAAGACAGCACUUGUCUAGAGAACAGUUCCUGCAUCCCCUUUAGCUACUGGAAGGAGACAGUGUCAGUGCUGCUGGGCUCAGACAGGACUUCUCUGUGUGCCAUAGCCAGCUAUAUAGAUGAGCCCUUCUUGGACCUGGACAGAGACCUGCUGGAGGAUUGACCCCUAGCCUCA